CUGCACUUGGUGUGACGACAUCAGAGGUUCCCAUGCUCAUUCAACGGAGUGCAGAGCGGCUCAGAGGUUUCACGAGGAUUGAGUAUUUUCUGAUGGUCAGAGAGAGGAACAGAGCAUUCUGCUGACCGCCGCUAACCAGGCUGACAAACAGAGAACCGCCAUGACAGAGGAGGCGAGCUCACAGGAUGGGAACGGCAGAGUCAGCCGGGUCAUCCGGAUCGGAACCCGUAAGAGCCAGCUGGCCCGCAUCCAGACGGACAGCGUGGCCGACAGGCUGAAGGAGCUCUACCCCGACGUCCACCUGGAAAUAGUUGCCAUGUCAACGAUAGGAGAUAAAAUCCUGGACACAGCUCUAUCCAAGAUCGGUGAGAAGAGUUUGUUCACCAAAGAGUUGGAGAACGCCCUGGAGAGGAAUGAGGUCGACCUGGUCGUUCACUCGCUGAAAGAUCUGCCCACCACCCUGCCUGCAGGAUUCACCAUCGGAGCCGUGCUGAAGAGGGAGAACCCCCAUGAUGCAGUGGUGCUCCAUCCAAACCAUGCAGGGAAAACUCUGGACAGUCUGCCAGAGAAAAGUGUGAUUGGCACGAGUUCAUUACGGCGAGCUGCCCAGCUGAAGAAGAGGUUUCCCCACCUGGAGUUUAAAGAUAUCCGCGGGAACUUGAACACGCGUCUGAAGAAGUUGGACGAGAAGGACGACUUUGCUGCCAUCAUUCUGGCGGCUGCCGGCCUCAAGCGGAUGGGAUGGGAGGACCGAAUCAGCCUGAUCCUGGAGCCUGAAGACUGCAUGUAUGCUGUUGGACAGGGAGCUUUAGCCGUAGAGGUCCGGGCCAGAGAUGUAGAUAUCCUGGAGAUGGUGUCUGUCCUCCAUGACCCGGACACUGUGCUGCGCUGCAUCGCUGAGAGAGCUUUCCUCAAACAGCUGGAGGGCGGCUGCAGCGUUCCUGUGGCUGUGCACACCGAGGUGAAGGGCUCCCAGCUCUACCUGACCGGUGCCGUUUACAGCCUGGAUGGAUCAGAGAGUCUGAAGGAAACCAUGGAGACCAGCAUCGCCGCUGGCGACGAGCAGAGCCGGGAGAAGGUGGACGAGCAGAUCCAGAGGGUGGGAGUCACAGCCCUCAAACUGCCGGCUGCUUCUCAGGACGCGGCCGAGCGGCUGGGCGUCGACCUCGCCAACCUACUGCUGAACAAAGGAGCCAAGGAGAUCCUGACGGUGGCCCGGCAGCUCAACGACGCCAGAUAAUCCGACCCCCGAGGGAAGGGACCCCAGUCUGUCUGCAUAGCCUCGUUUCAAGUCUAAACGCCACCUCCUCCUCAUGUGACAUGAUGUACGGCGUCCAAACACUACUUGAAGCAGAGCUGCACUCAGAGCAUCAGUUUGUCUGGAGUCCCUUCUGUCAGUGGCUGCUUGUCUGUAUUACCUCAUCUCCUUAACCACUCAGAUCAGCCCACUGAGAUCAUCAGAGAGGAACAUAUGAUUGCCUUCAGACUUUAUAGUCAGGGUCGUCUUCAGCCAGAGAGAGAGCAUGAACACAGGUGCAGGAUGUGUUACGUCCAUCCCUGUUCCUCAGAAACGGAAUAAAAACAAUAAAUCAGGCCCUUUUCAGAACCUCCUGUUCUGAGUGCAGCGUUUUUACCCCAGGCAGACUUCCUCUUUAGGAGAGGAAAUACGAGUCCCGGCGAGCUGGAUGGGGACGUUAUGAUCCAGAGUGUUUUAAACUCUGAUGUUGUAGCUUCAAAGCUGUCUCAUCAG